AUGGAUGAUUAUAAUGGUACUCAUGAGAGUGGCUAUUAUAUGAAACUAUUAAUGGAUGAGGAUUACAGAAAUUACUGUGAUGAUCAUGAUGGUGGUGACUUGAAUGAUAGCAAUUAUAACAAUGCUGACAAUAAUAAUGAUGGUGAUAACAAUGAUGAUGAUGAUGGUGAGAGUAGUGACAGUGACGAUGAUAGUCACAGUGAUUCUGAUGAUGAUGAUAGUAACAAUGAUUCUGAUGAGGAAUUUUACCAACUUGUGGUAGUUACAUGUGAAGCAGUUGUGACAUAUUUCAAUAAGUACAUUAAUAAGACUCCUUGUUAUGAUUCUGAACAAACAGGGUGGGCUUGGGUGAGACGUUGUAUGGAAGGUAAUGAGAAAUUGUGUUACAACAUGUUUAGAAUGAAAAAGGAGGUGUUUUAUAAUUUGUGUCAAGUUUUACGACAUGACUAUGGACUUCAACAUUCAAGGAAUAUAAGGUUAGAAGAGUCAGUGGCAAUCUAUUUACUGAUACUUGGUCAUGGAACAUGUAAUUGA